AGCGCCAGCCAGUCACACGCGUAUCUCCGACGGACGACCCUACACUUUUCCAUCUCGCACGCUUUGCACGUCUAGUUCCCUCGUAUAUUUCACUUUGCUGUCUUCUGUGCCAUCCGUACCAUCAUACCCGUCAUCCCGACAAUCUUGUUUCAUUCAUAAUCCUAGUUUAACGUUUCCAGUCUCAUUAUUAUUUGCCAAUUAAAGUGUAUUAUCACCAAGUGCUUCCCGGUGGGUGACUCACAUACUCAACGAGACAAAACGAAUCACAUCACAACAAACAACAUCGGGACUCCAUCUUUUCCUCUGUUCACGGUGGAACGAUACGGCAGCAAAAUUAAUUACUCAAAGUUCCAUAAUGCGAUGUCGCUUUCGGCGAUGUCGAAGCCGAUACUGUACUCGUAUUGGCGCAGUUCCUGCUCGUGGCGGGUGCGGAUAGCGCUGAACCUGAAGGAAAUCCCGUACGACAUAAAGCCGAUCAGUCUGAUCAAAUCGGGCGGCGAGCAGCACUGCAACGAGUACCGGGAGGUCAAUCCGAUGGAACAGGUGCCAUCGUUGCAGAUCGAUGGCCAUACCUUGGUGGAAUCGAUAGCAAUCAUGCACUAUCUAGAGGAGACGCGUCCCCAACGUCCCCUACUGCCGCAGGAUGUCCUGAAGCGUGCCAAAGUUCGCGAGAUCUGCGAGGUCAUCGCCUCCGGCGUCCAGCCGCUGCAGAACCUGAUUGUCCUAAUCCACGUCGGCGAAGAGAAGAAGAAGGAAUGGGCUCAACACUGGAUCACGCGAGGCUUCCGCGCCAUCGAGAAACUGCUCUCGACAUCGGCCGGAAAGUUCUGCGUCGGUGACGAGAUCACCCUGGCCGAUUGCUGCCUGGUGCCACAGGUGUUCAACGCUCGCCGGUUCCACGUGGACCUUCGCCCCUACCCGAUCAUACUGCGUAUCGAUCGGGAACUGGAGGGUCACCCGGCGUUCCGUGCGGCUCAUCCGUCGAAUCAGCCGGAUUGCCCACCGGAGGCGGCCAAGUAGAUGCCAUUGCAAUCAUCAAAAUGCCAAUCGUUUUUUGUGGGGUAUCGAAAGGAAGCGGCACAACAGAGUUGUCUAGCUACAAGUUCAAAUCGAUGUACACAUUCGCAGAAACAAGUCUAUACAGGCCCGAUUUAUUUACAUACGGAGAAGUAGAACAUUUUUCAAAUAUUCAACAAAAUGCAGGCAACACUCUCAUACCCACUAAGCGAAUCUCCACAAUCGCAAUAAAAGUGUGGCUAUCCCUUUCAAAAAGGUGCGCCCAUCGAAGAGACGCGAUUUCAUUCAUUGUUUAUUUGUCAACCUAAAUUAAGAUGUGUCCACUCGUCAGCGACGAUCAUCUAUAAAAAUAUACGAUUUUAUUGCUCUUUAUUGCUCUAUUACGAUUACCAUUUAUUGAUGCUUUCAACAAAAAUUUAUGUAACUAACGAUAAUCAGUCGAAUUAUAUCUAUUUGUGUCUAUGCCUACAAAAAUAAACCUAUCUAUGUUUGUGUUCUUUGUGCUUGUGCAAAAUUAGAAACUACGCACACUGCGUGGGUGGCGGCUUUCAAUUUGAAAUUCUUUCCAGUUGCUUUCCUAUCUUAUAAUCAAACGUGAAUUACAUUCCAUUGUGUCAUUGUGUUCAAUAUUCUGAGGUGAAGGAAGAAGUAAAAUACAAAGCAUUGAAAACGGA